AUGCAGCUCAUCCAUCUCCUCCCCAUUCUUCCCUUCAUCCACGCCGCCCCCUCCAAUCCUCCCCUGCGUGGGUCACCCGAUCUCCUGGGCUACUCCUCCUCGUACACCCUCCCCUCUCAAGCCCCCGACAUCAAGUUCACCCUCGUCCCGGGCCAAAAAGACGAUGUCGACGACGGGGUGUAUCUUGAUUUCGAGGAUGCAGACAAUCCGCAGCCCAUCAGGGGCGAUCGGGGAGGCACAGAUCCCGGCCCGAGUAUGGUUUGUUCUGUCCAGAUAGAUCAGACGGAUUCUGACCGAGACCCAGGGAACGAGUACUACGACCGGAUCAACAGCGAUAAGCUGGCUCCCCCUGGUACGGACUCGGGGCAGACCAUCAAUGCGCAGUGGCCGAUGGAGAACGCCGGAUGGGCCAGACAGGAAAACACCAACGUCAUGCCCGAUGCGACGCUCAUGGCCGGUGUCGACAUGCGGCUGGAGCCUGGCGCGUACCGAGAGCUGCAUUGGCAUGUCGCCGCGGAGUGGUCGUUGGUGCUCAACGGCUCCUGUCGGAUCCAGGCUGUCAACGAGAAUGGCGAGACGUUCAUCGAUGAUGUGAAAGAAGGGGAUGUGUGGUUCUUCCCGCCGGGCGUGCCACACUCUAUCCAAGCCCUCGACCCGGGUGUCGAGUUCCUCCUCGUCUUCGACGACGGCGACUUCUCCGAAGACAACACCUUUCUCGCCUCUGAAGUCUUCGCGCACAACCCGAAAUCCGUCCUGGCCAAAAACUUCGGCAUCCCCAUCACAGCCUUCGAAAACCUCCCUAAGGACGCACUCUACAUCUUCCCCGGCACCCCCGCCCCCAAGGACAUCGAGGAGCAAAACGUCAGUACGGCCGCAGGUCCCAUCCCCCGCGCGCAGAGCUACUCGUACCAUUUCUCCGAGCAGCCCGCGCACGAGGUCGCCGGCGGGUCCGUCAAGAUCGUCGACCCGGCCACCUUCCCCAUCGCGAGCAACUUCUCCGCGGCCGUCGUGACGGUGAAGCCCGGUGGCAUGCGCGAGAUCCACUGGCACCCGAGCAGCGAUGAGUGGACGUUCUUCAUCCGCGGCCAGGGCCGCGCGACGCUGUUCUCGGCGCCCAGCACGGCGACGACGUUUGAUUACCGGGCGGGUGACGUCGGAUACUUUCCGCGCUCGAAUAGCCAUUAUAUCGAGAAUACGGGGGAUGAGGAUUUGAUGUUUCUGGAGGUAUUGCAGGCGGAGAGCUUCACCGAUAUCGCACUCGGACAAUGGCUUGCGUCUACGUCGCGGCAGAUUGUGGCAGAUACGCUGAAGCUGAGCGAUGAAGCCCUGGACAAGCUGAAGACGGAGAAACAGUUUGUCGUCGCUGGUUGA